ACCGGAAACAUCCAAAAGUGUUGUCUCAUUAUCAACAGAUAACUCGGAAAUAACAGUGAUCCUUUGUCGAUUUUAUUCACAUAAUUUUGUUAUUAAAAAAUAAAGCAUUAUGCCUGAUCAUUUAGGAGCAGAUCAACGUAAAGUUAAAGACACCGACAAAGAAGAGGAAAAACCUAUCCAAUCCCUAGAUGAAGGAGACAUUGCUCUUUUAAAAACCUAUGGAGUUGGACAGUACACAAAAGCUAUCAAAAGUGUAGAGGAAGAUAUACAGAAUAUUCUAAAAAAUGUCAAUGAGCUUUCUGGCAUUAAAGAAUCGGACACAGGGCUUGCGCCUCCAGCACUUUGGGAUCUUGCAGCUGACAAGCAGACUCUUCAAAGUGAACAGCCAUUGCAAGUAGCCAGAUGCACUAAAAUUAUAAAUGCAGACACAGAUGAUCCAAAGUAUAUUAUCAAUGUUAAACAAUUCGCAAAGUUUGUUGUUGACUUGGGGGAGCAAGUGGCACCCACAGAUAUUGAAGAGGGAAUGCGUGUUGGGGUUGAUAGAAAUAAAUAUCAAAUCCACAUUCCACUUCCACCAAAAAUUGAUCCAACUGUGACUAUGAUGCAGGUAGAAGAGAAGCCAGAUGUUACCUACAGUGAUGUUGGAGGCUGUAAAGAACAAAUUGAAAAACUCCGGGAAGUUGUAGAAACACCCUUGUUACAUCCUGAACGAUUUGUUAAUCUUGGCAUUGAGCCCCCUAAAGGUGUUUUGUUGUUUGGACCACCUGGGACAGGUAAAACACUAUGUGCCCGUGCUGUGGCAAACAGAACAGAUGCCUGUUUCAUCAGAGUUAUUGGGUCAGAGUUGGUGCAGAAAUAUGUGGGAGAGGGUGCUCGUAUGGUGAGGGAACUUUUUGAGAUGGCUAGAGCAAAGAAAGCCUGUAUCAUUUUCUUUGAUGAAAUUGAUGCUGUUGGAGGUGCCAGGUUUGACGAUGGUGCUGGUGGUGACAAUGAGGUUCAGCGUACAAUGCUUGAGUUGAUCAACCAGCUGGAUGGCUUUGACCCUAGAGGAAACAUUAAAGUAUUGAUGGCCACCAACAGGCCAGAUACUCUUGACCCUGCUCUCAUGAGGCCAGGCAGGCUCGACAGAAAAAUUGAAUUUGGUUUGCCAGAUUUAGAGGGACGCACCCACAUUUUCAAGAUCCAUGCUCGCUCUAUGAGUGUAGAAAAAGAUAUUCGUUAUGAGCUGUUGGCUAGAUUGUGUCCUAACAGUACUGGUGCUGAAAUCCGCAGUGUUUGUACAGAGGCCGGUAUGUUUGCCAUCAGAGCUCGCAGGAAGAUGGCAACAGAAAAAGAUUUCUUAGAAGCUGUCAACAAAGUCAUCAAAGCCUAUGCCAAGUUCAGUGCCACACCACGCUACAUGACAUAUAACUAGAUGUUUAGUUUUUUUUAGUGGUUAUAUUUAACAAAUUCUCACUGGUUAAAAUGAAUAAUGCAGUGGCUUUUUGUUGGUUUUGUAUUUUUUUUUUGUUUCAACACCAGAAUUGUUUUGGAAUAAACAGUUUCACACUCUU